AUGCUCAUGAUUUUGUCAGUUCGCGAACUGGCUGAUAAUUAUAAAAUAUCAAAAAGUAGUGCUGCCAAUAUUCUUCGUCGAAGUGAAGAACUUUUAGCUGAUUAUUCUUCGAAUUGUAAUAGAGAUGAAACGGGUUUAUUUUAUCGUGCAACACCUGAUCGCGCAUUGGCCUUAUCCAAGGAAGAAUGUAAAGGUGGGAAUAAGAGCAAAGAAAGACUCGCAAUUUUACUUUGUUUGAAUUUGACUGGGACAGAGAAAUUAAAACCAGUGCUAAUCGGCAAAAGUCAACGUCCUCGUUGCUUCAAAAAUAUUACUAUGUCGAAGUUACCUGUCACCUGGCUGUCAAAUCGAACUGCUUGGAUGACCUGUAACUUAUUUACUGACUGGCUCAUCGCCAUUAACAAUCAAAUGAGAAAAAAGAAUCGAAAAAUGCUUCUUUUCAUCGACAAUGCUCCAUGUCACGUAAUUAAUCAUGAUUUAUCAAAUAUCAAAAUUGUCUUCUUUCCUCGAAAUGCCACGUCCAAGUGCCAACCACUUGAUCAAGGUGUUAUUCAUUCGUUUAAAUGUUAUUAUAGACAAAAAUUAGUUAAACAUAUAAGUGCUCAAUGUACUCAAGCUCAAACUGCUGAUCAAAUAUCAAUUACUGUCUUAGAUGCAAAUAAAUGGAUUGAUUUAUCAUGGAAAAAUGUUACGGAAAAUACAAUUACAAAUGGUUUUCGUGCUGCUGUUCAUCUUCGUAUUGGUGGUUCACAGUUAACAGCUGUCGAGUUUGUAGGCAUUGAUUCCUGUAUUCCAACAUUUAACGAAUGGAACGAUUCUGAACAUCUUAAAACUUACAUCCAAGUUACUCAAGAUGAUAACGAAGAAGAAGAAGAAGAAGAAGCUUUAUUAGAACAACCACCAAAUUUAUCUGAGGCACCCGAAAUGAUGAGAAAACUUCAUCUUUUUUCUUCUAUCGAACAACCUCAGUUACACAAUCUUAUAUCUGAUCUAGAAUCGCACUUAACUGAUAUUUAUCUUGAUUCAAAAGCGGUUAAGCAAAGUUCUACUCCAGACUAUUUUUCUCAUUGCUGA